AAAGAUCAAGAAAUUGAUCAUAUCUGCUGAAAAUGUCAAGGAGGUAUGACUCAAGAACGACUAUUUUUAGUCCAGAAGGGCGUCUUUUCCAGGUUGAAUAUGCAUUGGAAGCGAUAUCUCAUGCGGGAACGGCAUUGGGAGUGAUGUCAGUGGAUGGGAUUGUUUUAGCAGCAGAAAAAAAAAUAAUCAAUAAAUUAUUAGAAAAAAACAUAUCAACAGAGAAGAUAUAUAUUAUUGAUGAUCACAUGAUAUGUGCAGUGGCAGGGAUUACAGCAGAUGCAAAUAUUCUUAUUAAUUAUACACAAAGAAUUGCACAACAAUACUUGCUUACAUAUGGAAAUAACAUGCCGUGUGAAGAAAUUGUAAAAAGUCUAUGUAAUGUCAAACAAGGAUAUACACAAUAUGGAGGAUUACGACCUUUCGGAGUUUCAUUUUUGUGGGCUGGAUAUGAUCCAAUUCGUGGUUUUCAAUUAUAUCAAUCAAAUCCUUCAGGGAACUAUGGAGGCUGGAAAGCAACAUGUAUUGGAGCAAAUAGUGCAUCAGCGCAGAGUUUACUCAAGCAAGAUUAUAAAGAAACAAGUUUAAAGGAGGCAUGUUCAUUGGCAAUUAAAGUAUUAUCAAAAACAGUAGAUAGUACAACAUUGUCAAAUGAAAAAGUUGAAUUUGCGACAAUAGGAACUAAUAAGCAGGGAAAGAUCUAUCAUCAUAUUUGGACACCAGAUGAAAUUGAUACACUUUUAAAAGAAAAUAAACUAUUAGAAGAUAUAGAGACAGAAACAUAAUAUCUCAGA